GUCGUGGCAAUGUUAAGGGGUGUGCAAACUCGAUCCAACCCUUUUUGACAUAUACAGAUACAGAAACAGAAAGACAGAACCAGGUUCUGUUCAUCGGGCGAUUGUUUAAUCUGGGAUUCAGAAUGGACGGUAGACGGUUUUAUAACCGCGAGGAAGCAAGAGCUCAAGGUGAAGGGCAACGCAAAAGAGAAGAGGAUUCUCUGGCGGAGGAUCUUGGAGAUGACUUUCGUUUGUCCAGUAAACACAAACCUACAGAAAAUCCUGAUCUUGAUAAUGUGGAGCAAGCAUCCUUGGACACACAAUUAACAUCUACUAAUGUAGGAUUUAGACUCCUUCAGAAAAUGGGGUGGAAAGGGAAAGGCCUUGGCAAGAACGAACAAGGAAUCGUUGAGCCAAUAAAAGCUGGAAUCAGAGAUCCUAAAUUAGGGAUUGGAAAGCAAGAGCAGGAUGAUUUUUUUACUGCUGAAGAAAAUAUUCAAAGAAAGAAGCUUGAAAUAGAGUUGGAGGAAACCGAGGAGCAUGCAAAGAAGCGAGAGGUGGUAGCAGAGCGUGAGCAGAAAAUUCAAACUGAGGUUAAAGAAAUCCAGAAGUCGUUCUAUUGUGAUCUCUGCAGCAAGCAAUACAAGUUGGCCAUAGAAUUUGAAGUUCACCUGAGCUCAUAUGACCACAAUCACAGAAAGCGGUUCAAAGAAAUGAGAGAGAUGCAGAGUGGUAGCAGUCGGGAUGAGCGCCAAAAACGAGAGCAGCUACGUCAGGAAAAGGAGAUGGCUAAGUUUGCUCAGAUUGCAGAUGCUCAUAAGCAGCAGCAGCAGCAGCAGCAGCAACAACAACAGCAGCAGCAACAACAAGAUCAGGGGGGAGUGGCUUCUAGUGUUGGAGGUGCUACUACACCAUCGGAUCAGGAUCAACGGAAAGCAUUGAAGUUUGGGUUUUCUUCGAAAGUUGGUUCAUCCAAGAGUUCAUUUGGUGCUGCUGCUAAGAAGAAGAAGGUAGUUCAAGUGUCCUCAAUUUUUGGCAAUGACAGUAAUGAAGAGUAGCAUAUAAGUUUCUUUAUCAUCCUCUCUUUGUAAUUGCCACAAGUGGAUCCCGCGCAGUAGGAAACCCUUUCAAUUUCAAAAACGUGGUAGUCAGUUUUAUGUUUUUAGUAUUAUUUUUUAUGGUGGUAUAUUCUUAAAUAACACUAUUUUCAUGUCAACUUUAAUAUUUUUAAUUUUAAAUUUUCUGAUUUUCCUGCGGUGUUA